AUGAAGUUAUUUUUCUUAGUGCUCGUUUUUCUGGCAGGGUCUGUUAAUGCCCUUCACCCAAUAAUUAUCAAGGGCACAAGAUUCUUUGACAAGGUUACCCAAGAACAAUUCUUUGUCAAAGGCGUAUCCUAUCAGCCUCGAACCAACCAUGUACUGAUUGAUCCACUUGCUGACCCAGUGGCUUGCCGGCGUGAUUCUGCUCUGAUGGCACACCUUGGUCUAAAUGUAAUUCGAGUUUAUGAGGUUGAUCCUGCCAAUAAUCACGAUGAAUGUAUGAAAUCUUUUGCAGAUGCUGGGAUAUAUAUUUUAUUAGAUAUCGCUACACCAAAAUUUUCUGUAAACCGAGCCAGGCCUGAGUAUGAUGUUCGCCUAUUACAGGCCUACCGGGCGACUAUUGAUGCUUUUGGAGACUAUAAUAAUAUAUUCGCUUUCUUGGCUGGAAAUGAGGUGACCAAUGAUAAGACCAAUACGCUUGCAUCUGCAUACGUGAAAGCUGGUGUACGCGACAUCAAACGUUAUCUAAGGGAUACUCGGCGCUAUAUCCCGGUUGGUUAUGCGAACAAUGAUGAUGGUGAUAUCCGUGAUGCUAUCCGAGAUUACUUUAGCUGUGGUGAUCCAGAUGAUCAGGUUGACUUUUUUGGGGUUAAUCUUUAUGAAUGGUGUGGUAAAUCAACCUUUGAGAAAUCGGGUUAUGCAGACCGGACGCGAGAGUUUGACAAAUUCAACAAGCCGGUAUUUCUAACCGAGUACGGUUGCAAUCUUGUGUCUCCCCGUGAGUUUGGUGAGGUGGAAGCGAUUUACAGUCCAGCCAUGACAGGCGUCUGGUCUGGUGGUGUUGUGUACGAAUGGACUCAGGAGAACAACAACUAUGGUCUGGUGCAACAGAAUCCAACGAACCUUACUCUCUUGCCAGACUACACCAAUCUCAAGGAUGCCCUUUCCAGGGUAUCGCCACACAAGACGCACCUCCAGGAUGCGCCCGAAUCUGGUCAGGAACAGGUUGAUUGUCCUGGUCUUUCUGAGGUGUGGAAGGCGUCGUCUAUAUUACCUCCGACGCCUUUGAAUGAGACAUGCACAUGUGCCAAGCAGAAUGUGGUCUGUACAGCCUCGGACAAGAUUCCAGAUAUCGAAGACCGGACGACAGGCAUUGAUUCAAACAGCAGUCUGGUGGUUGGUGCACAGAUCGACAUGCUGUGUGGACUGGUAUCCUGCGAGGCAAUUGGCGGAGAUGCAAGUGCUGGAUUGUAUGGAGUGUACUCUGGGUGUUCUCCUAAGCAGAAACUGAGUUUGCUUUACAAUGAAUAUGCAACAAUGACAGGGACGUGCGAUUUUGAUGGGUUUGCACUGGAGGCUACUCCGCAUAGAACGAGUGAGGAUUGCUCGAAUAAGGACAAGAAUAGAGUUUUUCGCCCGAAGCCUUCAUUGGUGACACCUACUGAGGCUGUAGCUGGCCGGUUGCGGCCUUCGAUUAUUUUGGUCGUUGGACUUGUUUUGGUUUUCAUGCUUUGUUAA